UUAAAAAAAAAGAAACAAAUAGAACGAACCCACGCCCUCACAGUGAGGCAAGCUUGAAACUUCAAGCUCUUUAAAACUCCCUCCCUUUUCCUCCCCCUCUCUAUCUCAGUGAAAAACACAUAACACCGUAAAAGGAAAGCCUGAAACCCUAGCUUUUUUUUCAUUGCUUGCUAUUGAAGAAUCGAAUUUGUGCUGAUUUGAUGAGUCUGUGAAAUGUGCCUUUUGGAGAAUGAUUGAUUUCAAUUUAAUAAAACCUAAAAAUAGUGAGGAUUUGUUUUUUUUUUUUUUUAAUAUAAAAUGAAAAAAUUCCGACGGUGGCACUGGAUUUUGACACUCUCUGUGCUCUAUUUAACUGUGCUGGCUCCCAUCCUUAUCGUUUCUGUAGGGCGGGAAGAAUUGAUUUCGGAUUUGUCAAAUUUGGGGUAUCCAAUUCAGAGAUCCACAGAUAAGAAGGUAAAGCAGAUGAAAGAUUAUGUGUUUAGAGGGAAGACAUACUUGAGCAUGUGGCCACCAGGCAGUAACUAUCGCUUAGUAAAAGAGUUGAGACCAGAGUUGUCAAUUCCGUUCCGUUUCGGCCGGAAUGCCCGGAACAUCUCGUACCAGUUCAAAAAACGAAACAAAACGGAAUAA